CCAAAGGGUCAACAGACAGGAAGCGGAUGGCGGUAAGCGAUUUAAGCAUUUGCUUGGUGGCGCUUAAGAUACCGCCAAUGUCUUUGCAUAUUGCUUCGCUUGCUGCUUCUUUGUUUGCUUUGCGAGGCUGUCUUUCCUAAGAGAACAGGCAAGCGAACGGCAAAAUGGCCCUUCAUACCGACGUUGAGGCGUGCGAGAAAGACCUGCAGAAGAUUACGGGCUCGCAGCAUUCUCAACACAGCAAUGCACCAGAGAAUUUUGAUACCACAGCAGUUCGCGCCCUUGUCUGGAAACAAGACCUCCGCAUCAUUCCUCUCACAGCAGGAAUCUACCUCCUCUGCUUCCUCGACAGAUCCAACAUCGGCAAUGCCAAAACUCUCAAUGCCAACGCAGGAGAAUCUCUCCUCCAAGAAGCCAACAUGACCAACUACCAGUACACCAUUGCGCUCAUGGUCUUUCUUGUCGCUUACGCCGUCUUCGAAGUGCCCAGCAACUAUUUCUUGAAGAAAUUGAAACCCAGUCGCUGGAUUGCUUUCCUCAUGUUUGGUUGGGGUGCAUGCACGAUCGGACUUGGUGGUGCGAAUAACUAUGCGACUGUUACGGCUGUGCGGUUUUUGUUGGGUAUGUUUGAGGCGGGACUGUUUCCAGGUUUGGUUUACUAUUUGACGUUUUGGUAUCGUGCGCAGGAGAGGAGUAUGCGUGUUGCUAUUAUCCUGGCGAGCGCGACGCUCGCGGGUGCGUUUGGAGGUGCGAUCGCAUAUGGCGUUGGGCACAUGAAGCACGUCCAGGGUCUCUCUGCAUGGAGGUGGCUGUUCAUCCUUGAAGGCAUCCCUUCCUGCGUCUCGUCCGUAGCCGUCUGGCUAUUCUUGCCGGACUAUCCCGAGGAAGCUUCUUGGUUGUCGACAUCCGAGCGAGAGUUGGCAGUUGCGCGGCUCGAGAAAGAAGGAUCGAAAGGCAAUGCGCCGUCGUUGAACUGGAGAACAGCAAAGGCGACUAUCCUUGAUGGCCGACUCUGGGUGCAUUACAUCAUCUAUUUCGGCAUCUCAGCGCCGUUCAGCUCGCUUUCUCUCUUCACUCCGACGAUUACUGCUGGGCUAGGUUACGAGAACCUGCAGGCGCAGCUCAUGACAGUACCACCCUACGCCGUUGCAUACGUGGUUUCCAUCGUCACAGCUUGGUCAUCGGACUACUUCAACGCCCGCGCAUUGCACUCCGCUGUCUUGGCUACCAUCGGAGCGAUCGGCUUCCUGGCAUCCGCCCUACUUCCAGCUGAAUCUUUCCAUGCGCGCUAUGGAUGUUUGAUCAUUGCAGCUAGUGGAGCUUUCUCUUGCAUUCCGCCAUUGCUGGGAUGGCUGAGCAACAACAUGCACAGCACUGCUGCUGCGGGUUUAGCAAUUGCAUUGAAUGUCUCUUGGGGAGCUCCGGGUCAGAUUGUUGGCGUGUGGAUCUACAAAGCGAACGAGAAGGAGCGAGGAUAUCCUACAGGCCAUUGGACGAACUUUGGAAUGUUGGUCAUGGUCGCUGUCGGCUGUGUUGGAUUGAGGUUCUACUAUCAGUGGCGAAACAAGAGGUUGCAGCGUUUAGGACCGGAUGCGACGGGCAUUAAUAGAGAGUUCAGUUAUUGAUCUGGGUGUGGAUAGUAAGUCAUUCAAUUCUUGGCGAGAGCCUGAGAGCCAAUCUCGGCCGGACACACCCAUGGAUAAGAUCAGCAUCACUGGAGGUGGCUAUGAUUCGUGUCGCAUUCUAAAAGAUCAUUUCGGAGUAGUGGAGGAUACGUUGUCCCAGAAACGCUCUGGUUAUCAAUAUUUGAUGAUAUGUAUGCUGCUACGCGAGUCCUAGCCACCCCUAAUGGCAUAGUUGGUGCU